AACAAUAGUGUUUUUACUAGAUAUUAUAUAGUCAGCUUUGAAUAAUAAUAAUGAUCCAGAGUCAUACGUACAGAAUACGCGUGUUUUAUUUUGAAAAUGGUAUCCAAGCCAGGCUCUCAGCAAUGGCUCUGUUUGGAAAGCUAUUUAGUGGAGGAGAAAAGGUGAGAAAGACGCCCUGCCAACAAGAGGAAAUUGAGAAACUUCCAGAGAGAGAGGAGAUGCUGAUGAAGAAGAGAGAAUUUCUGAAGAAAAAGAUUGAUGAUGAACUUCUGUUUGCCAAGACAAACAGCAGAAAGAACAGAAGAGGGGCUCUGCAGGCGCUGAGAAGAAAGAAGUGGUACGAGAAACAUCUCAAGUACAUUGACUGUGCUGUUAAGUCCAUGAGAGAUGUUGUCAACAAGAUGAAUGACCUGAUCAAGGACAUCACAGAGGAGCAUGAUCUGACUCAGGACAUGUCAGACUCCCUCCACACUUGUGUGGGCUUUGGAGUGGAGUUUGAUGAGGAUGAGCUGCUGACAGAGCUUGAGAGGCUGGAAAAUAAUCUGGAUGAGAGUCUCUUUGAGGCAGAUGUGACAGAGGACAGAGUCCCUUGUCCCAAAUUGUCAUCCACUGCAUCAGCUCCCCAACCUGCCAAUACAGAGGAAGAUGAGAUUGAAGAUGGUUUAGAGUAUCUGCGGCGCUGGGCGAUUGAACCAUCACAGACACACCAACAUCCAUAACGUGGCAGUUAAAAACAAAAGAAGGAAAGGAUGGAAUAAAUGAGAAGAAAUAAAAUGUGAGUGUUCAUC